UUGACCCUGAAUAAGGGCUUACAGUUUAGAAAAUUUAGCCAUCUCCUACCUACCGACCGUUAUUCUGUUUUUGUUUUCAUAAGCUUUGUGCAUACAAUUUUUUUUCUGGAGAUUAUUGUGUUGGUUGAUUACAAAUCUUUUCAAGGUUUGUAGCCAACCAUCAACAAGGUCUCCGAAAAUGAGUUGCUUCCCAUGCUGCUGCAAAUCAGACACCAAACCAACCUCUAACGGGGCAGUCUCCACCAAAGUUUCCAAAGGAAGAAGAACAUUCAAAUCAGUAGCUGCGGCUAUGUCUCUUAAAACAGGCAGCAGCAGGAACAGGCAAAUAGACGCAGAGAUAAGAAAAUUUGGAAUUGUAAAAAAUGAUGUCAAAGUAUUCACAUAUGCACAGCUUCUUGAAGCAACAGACAACUUCAGUUCUGAUUGCCUGGUCGGUGAAGGUGGAUUCGGGAAUGUUUACAAAGGAUACAUGAAAAGUGUUGAACAAACUGUAGCUGUGAAGGUACUGAACAGGGACGGAGCACAAGGAACACGAGAAUUUUUUGCAGAAAUUUUGAUGUUAAGUAUGGUUCAACACCCAAACCUUGUGAGGCUCAUUGGCUAUUGUGCAGAUGACCAUUAUAGGAUUUUGGUUUAUGAAUUCCUGGCCAAUGGGAGUUUGGAAAAUCACCUUCUAGACAUAGGUGAAGGUAAGGAGCCUUUAGAUUGGAAGACCAGGAUGAAAAUAGCAGAGGGAGCAGCUAAAGGACUUGAAUAUUUGCACAGCAGUGAAGAUACACCUAUCAUAUACCGUGAUUUCAAAUCAUCUAAUAUACUGUUAGAUGAUAACUUCAAUGCAAAGCUCUCUGAUUUUGGGCUGGCUAAGAUUGGUCCUAAAGAAGGGAUGGAGCAAGUGACAAGCAGGGUGAUGGGAACUUUUGGUUAUUGUGCACCAGAGUAUGCUGCUAGAGGUCAACUCAGCACAAAGUCGGACAUUUAUAGUUUUGGGGUUGUGUUUUUGGAAAUAAUAUCGGGUAGGAGAGUAUAUGACACUUCAAGAGCUACAGCAGAGCAAAACUUGAUUGAUUGGGCACAACCUUUGUUUAAGGACAGAACGAAGUUUACUCUAAUGGCUGAUCCUUUGCUUAAAGGUCAGUUCCCCGUGAAGGGUCUAUUUCAAUCGCUUGCAGUGGCAGCAAUGUGUUUACAAGAGGAACCUGAAACACGACCUUACAUGGACGAUGUUGUGACGGCUCUUGCACAUUUAGCAGUGCACAAAGUUGGAGACCAAGACAUAGCCGGAGACUCUAUAAAAUGUGCAGGCCAUGUUGAAUCUUUCAGAGUUCUAAGCUCUGCUGGAUCCGAAAGGACGUAGUUCACCACACACAGUCUAGGAUUACUGCAAAAAUACAUCAAAAAUUGUUGUAGAAAGAUGAAAGUGCUUGCAUGCAAUUCUGUCUUCGUAACAUUCUACAGUUCCUUUUUUAGCUGUAAUUCUUCCCUUAUGGAACUGAUAUGAGGCUCCCUCUAAUUCAACGGUGUUUUUUCGUUCAGCAACUUAUAUCGACUUUCUGUUUCUAUUUCGUUUGAACAUGAGGAGACACUGAGAUCCUGAAGGACAAAACACUAACAUAUAAAGUCUCUUAAAUGCUUUGGUAUUGUUCUUCAGUCAUUGAGUUUCAUUAGAGAUUAAGCAUAUAAUAUGUGAAUGAGCGAAAUUGUAUCUGAUUGAAAAACGAUAUCAGAAAUAUCUAAAAGCAUGUAAUCUG